AAAUAUAGAUAUAGCCAUAUAGGUACAGAUAAUAGAGAUGGAUGCAAUGUUGUGUCUACCUGAACACUAGUACUUGUCUACUUGUGAUUAAGUGCAAACAGUGUAAUUGAAACCACGGACUCCACAAACAGCCACUUUUUCUUUUUCUUUUUUUCUGGUCAUCGCGCUGCGGGCACCUCUAAUUCAGUCAAUCAUCAUCGUAAUUGCCGAUCGCCAGUCAUGACAAGGACUUAAGAUCCAGCGCCGAUUGUGUUUCCAUUAUCGCCGUCGUUUUUGGGUACUUGAAAUGCAUGUAUAUUCUGACUAUAGCACAAAUAGUGAUGGGUAUAUUUAGGAGAUUAGCUGGGUUUCUAGGGUUUUCAAAAGACGACGGGCAUGCAGUUAGAGAUGACGAUAACAACGUAGCAUCUCACAAUAAUAAAGGAUUUACUGCCCCUGUUUCCAGAGAUGUACCUGGUCCUAUCCUUGUUCCUUGUAUUACUGGCGCUGGCGGCAUUCAGGGAUUGAGAUGGUAUGUCAAGCGUCUUAGAAUAGAUGAAGAUGGAGAUGUGGCAGAUGAGUUCCUAAAUGAGAUCCCAUCGGAUACACCUUCCAGUACAGAAGAGAAUCAAAGAAAAUUCCCCAGGUUUGAAUUGAAGUACAAUACAAGGCCUGCAAAGGUAACAAGCCAGGGACUCUCAGCAACAGGAAAAAUUAAAUAUCGUGUGGAAUAUCAAGGCAAAUUGGAGUGGAUUUGAAGACUUACUCUGGGCAGUCAUUGCAUUUGAGAUGGGGAAUUCAGUAACAUGACUGGAGCUACGCAUCUUGCUUGAUAUUUUUGCUUUAUUAUCAAGAAUAGUAUUGAUUGGGGAUUCAGUGUCCUGUGGGUUCUGAUUUGUGAGAAACUGAUGCAGGAAGCGAUGAAAUGUAAAACAGCGUGAUUUUUUCUCUUGAAACUUCCGGUAUACACAUGCUAUUGAACUUUCAAGAAUAUCACAUCUUGUAAGCUAUUCACUGUUACAUUGUAUGUAUUAAGAAAUAUAAGCAUGGGCAUAGAUGGCACAUCACCCAAGCACUUUUGUAGAGUUCCAUUUCCCUGUUCUAACCAUAAGACUACGACAUAGUGGUUCCACUGAAAUCUUGUUUUCUUUUUUGGAUA